AUGGAAAACUUCACAGCGGUGGAAAAACUAGAGCCAGAGCAAGCAAAAGGUGUUCGUUCGGGUGGUUUAGUGGUACGUAGAGACAAAGGUGAGGAUGAUAUCGUUUUCAAGCAACCCCAAGUAUCCUUGCUGGGACUGGACAAGCUAGCAGCAGCUAGACGUGCACAGCAGAAAAAGGCCAGCAAACUCUCGUUCUAUGGCCAUGACGCAGACGAUGGAGAUGAAGGUGAUGAAAGGGCAUCGGAAAGCAGAAAAAAGGAUCAUUAUUCGUCACGAAAGCAUCGUGAUAAGGAGGAAAGGCGCGAUAGGGAAAGCAGCGAACAGCGUAAAAGAAGCAAACGGGAGGAAGAUGACUACCAUCGUUCACGAAAGUAUCGUGAGCGAGCUGUUGAAACUCCUUCUUACAGCGGUGGAGUUAGUGACGUUGCUCGUCAGAAGUUGUCUAGCAAGGAAAAGGCCGAGUAUGACGCGUACCGGAAGAAGGGUAGUCUGUACGCUACUUCGAAGGGUGACGAUCGGAGACGCGAGAAAUAUCGCACACCGAGCGUACGAUCCGGAUCGGAAUCAAGGAGAAGCACUUUCUCGAGGUACGAACCGAGCACGCCAAGAAGUAGACAUCGUUCAAAACAACCGUCCAGCUCCAACUGGACAGACGAUGAGGAUGAAGAUGGAGCACCGCCCGGGCCACGCUCAUCGUGGGACUUUCCCACACCGAAACCGUUCGCCGGAUCCGAGUUUACUGAAGCCGAUCGUGAACAGUGGAGAGAAGAACAGCUACGGCUCGAUCGGGAAUGGUACGGCAGUGAUGACGAACGGCAGAUGAACGAAUUUUCCGAACUCAACUCACAGUACCUGCAGCAGCGUGAGCAGCAGCAACAAUCGCGUAACAAUCGGCGCAUUUCCGCCCAACAGCGCCAGAUAAACAAAGACAACGAACUGUGGGAAAAGAAUCGACUGCUCACGUCCGGUGUGGUAAUGUCGGUCAAUGUAAACGAAGACUUCGACGAGGAAGCUUUGGAGCGGGUUCAUUUGCUAGUACACCACACAGUGCCACCGUUUCUGGAUGGGAGAAUUGUAUUCACGAAACAACCGGAACCGGUAGUCCCGGUGCGAGAACCGACGAGCGAUAUGGCAAUUAAUGCGCGUAAAGGAAGUGCGCUAGUGCGUACGUACCGUGAGUUGAAGGAACGCAAACGGGCACAAGCUAAACAUUGGCAGCUGGGCGGUACUAAGCUUGGUAAUAUUAUGGGCGUAGCGAAGGAUAAGGACGAGCAAGAUCCGGCUGAAGGUGAUGAUGAAUCGUACGACUCGCGAAAGGAUCAAAAGUACGCAGAUCACAUCGCUGGUGAGAAGAAUGAGUUUGGACCGCGACGAAAGACUAUUCAACUGCAGCGUAGAUCGCUACCGGUGUUUGCCGUGCGGCAAGAUCUGUUGAACAUUAUACGCGAGAAUUCGAUCAUCAUUAUUGUGGGAGAAACGGGCAGUGGUAAGACGACCCAGUUGACGCAGUAUCUUCACGAGGAUGGUUAUAGUAAGCACGGCAUGAUUGGAUGUACCCAGCCGCGUCGUGUCGCGGCCAUGUCCGUGGCCAAGCGUGUUUCGGACGAGAUGGACUGUUCACUCGGGCAGGAGGUGGGCUAUGCGAUUCGAUUCGAGGAUUGCACAUCGGAGAAAACGGUCAUCAAGUACAUGACGGAUGGUAUAUUGCUGCGUGAAAGUUUGCGCGACAAGGAACUGGAUGGGUACAGUGUGAUAAUCAUGGAUGAAGCGCACGAGCGUUCCCUGUCGACGGAUGUGUUGUUUGGGUUGUUGCGCGAGAUCGUUGCGAGGCGACGUGAUCUGAAGCUAAUCGUCACAUCCGCCACUAUGGAUGCCGGAAAGUUUUCCAACUUUUUCGGCAACGUACCGACGUUCACCAUACCGGGUCGUACGUUCCCGGUGGAUGUGUUCUAUGGGAAGAACGUUUGCGAGGACUAUGUAGAUGGGGCGGUAAAGCAGGUGCUACAGAUUCAUCUCCAACCGGCCGAAGGUGACAUUCUGGUGUUUAUGCCCGGUCAGGAAGAUAUCGAGGUGACGUGUGAGGUGCUGGCGGAACGUCUGGGUGAGAUCGACAAUGCUCCGGCACUGUCCAUUCUGCCGAUCUACUCACAGCUUCCGUCCGACCUGCAAGCAAAGAUCUUUCACCGUUCGUCGGACGGUACGCGCAAGUGUGUCGUGGCAACUAACAUCGCUGAGACGUCGCUUACCGUCGAUGGUAUAUCGUACGUGAUCGAUUCGGGGUACUGUAAGCUGAAAGUGUACAAUCCACGCAUCGGUAUGGAUGCGCUGCAGAUUUAUCCCAUUUCCCAAGCCAACGCUAACCAACGUUCGGGACGUGCUGGACGUACCGGGCCUGGCCAGGCGUUCCGAUUGUACACCGAGCGACAGUACAAGGACGAGCUGUUGCAUCUGACCGUACCGGAAAUUCAGCGUACCAAUUUGGCCAAUACGGUACUGUUGCUAAAAUCACUCGGUGUGAGCGAUUUGCUGCAGUUCCACUUUAUGGAUCCACCUCCGCAGGAUAACAUUCUCAACUCGCUUUAUCAGCUGUGGAUUUUGGGCGCUCUGGAUCACACAGGAGCACUCACACCCCUCGGACGUCAGAUGGCGGAGUUCCCGCUCGAUCCACCCCAGUGCCAGAUGUUGAUUGUGGCCAAUGAGAUGGGUUGUAGUGAGGAGAUUUUAAUCAUUGUAUCCAUGCUGUCGGUGCCAUCAAUUUUCUAUCGGCCAAAGGGUCGUGAGGAGGAGGCGGACAGUGUUAGAGAGAAAUUCCAGGUGCCCGAAUCGGACCAUCUCACGUACCUGAAUGUAUACCAGCAGUGGAAAAUGAACAAAUAUUCUGGAUCCUGGUGUAAUGAACACUUCAUUCACGUGAAGGCAAUGCGGAAGGUGCGUGAAGUCCGUCAACAGCUGAAGGACAUCUACAGUCAACAACAGCGCCUUACACUGAAAUCUUGCGGCACCGAUUGGGAUGUGGUGCGCAAGUGCAUCUGUUCCGCUUACUUCUACCAAGCCGCCCGUCUCAAGGGCAUUGGAGAGUAUGUAAACCUUCGUACGGGUAUGCCCUGCCAUCUGCACCCCACGUCCGCACUGUAUGGGCUUGGCACUACGCCUGACUAUGUCGUGUACCAUGAGCUGAUAAUGACGGCGAAAGAGUACAUGCAGUGUGCAACGGCCGUCGACGGUUACUGGCUGGCCGAGCUUGGACCAAUGUUCUUCUCCGUUAAGGAAACGGGCAAGAGUGGCCGGGACAAGCGACGCCAGGCGGUCGAGCAUCAGAACGCGAUGGAGGUACAGAUGCGGGAAGCUCAGCAGCAGAUCGAGCAACGCAAGCAGGAUGAGGAAAAGCACAAGUUUACCAUCAAGCAGGAAAUUGUGACUCCGGGAGCAACACCUCGUCGUACCCCGGCCAGAAUAGGGUUAUAG